UGUCAGCUGCUGUGUCCAAUCACAGCUGAUCACACAGCACUGAUGAUCAGUGUGCCCUGAUGAUCAGUGUAGCCCCAGCAGUGCCACCUAUCAGUGUCCAUCAGUGCCAGCUGCCAGUGCUCAUCAGUGCCACAUGCCGUUGCCCAUCAGUGCUACAUCAAUGUCACAUAUCAGUGCCUACCAGUGCACAUCAAUGCCACAUAUCAGUGCCCAUCUGAGCUGCCUUUCAGUGUUACCCAUCAGUGCCAGUCAGUGCCACCU